GCACGACCCAUUGUAGUUCCCUGUUGCCGUUUGCUUUCGAGCCGUGAUAAGAAUUUCUAGACCUUUCUUCCGUUUCGAUAUUUUUCUCACUAAAAUUCAAACGGCCUAAUCCAAACUGCCUAAUCCCAAACUAUAACAAUCACCUCCAUCAUCAUCAAACAACCGCACAUCUCGACGCAUAACUCAAUCACUAUCACCACUACUCUCAUCAUCUUUCACGAUGUCUACUGCUUUCGUUCAACGUCCGGCUCCGGCCUUCACUGCCACCACCGUCUUCCCUGGCGGUGAGUUCAAGGACAUCUCGUUGUCCGACUACCUUGGUCAAUGGUGAGUUUUUUCCUCCUUCCCCCUCCCUCGCCGACAUCGCUCAUCCCUCCUCAUUUUCGUUUCGUCUCCAUUUGUACGAUUUUGAAGCAUGUCGAAUGUGUCAAACUGACCAUCGCCAACAGGGUUGUCCUCCUUUUCUACCCCAUGGACUUCACCUUCGUAUGCCCGACCGAGAUCAUCCAGUACAACGACUCCCUACCUCGUUUCCGCUCCAUCAACACCACCGUCCUCGGUGUCUCCACCGACUCUCACUUCACCCAUCUAGCCUGGACCGAGAAGCCUCGCAAGCAGGGUGGCCUUGGCUCCGACUUGCAGCUUCCUCUCGUCGCCGACAAGUCCCACAAGAUCUCUCGCAGCUACGGCGUCCUCAUCGAGGAUGAAGGUGUUGCCCUCCGCGGUCUCUUCAUCAUCGACCCCAAGGGUAUCCUCCGCCAGAUCACCGUCAACGACCUGCCCGUCGGCCGCGACGUCGAGGAGACGAUCCGUCUCGUCCAAGCUUUCCAGUUCACCGACGAGCACGGCGAAGUCUGCCCCGCCGGAUGGCAGAACGGCAGCAAGGGAAUGAAGGCCGACCCUAAGGGAAGCCUGGAAUACUUCUCUACCACGGGUGAGAAUGGCAACGCCAACGGAAAUGGUGAGUCUAAGAAGCGAGCCAGAGUGGAGUAGGGGAUGCAAGCCACCUGUUGGGGAAAAAUUGGAGAAGUUUAUGGCCGCUGACGUCAAGUAGGCGGUAUUGCUGUACGUUAGGUUUUCUGAGGUUUCUGAGCAUCGGGCUACGGCCCUGCCUUAAUAUUAUUAGACGGAGAAUUGCAGAUUGCUAUUCAUAUGGGAAUGCUUCACGAAUUGACACGAUCUUUUCUGUCUGGGGAUAUUGAGACGUCUGUCCAAUCAGCUCGGUACGAUGCGAUAGGUAGCCGUGCCUCAAUAUUUCAAGAUUAAUUCCGAGAUCUCCAACUCGGCCUCACAUCUGCCGAGCCGUUCCAGCUCGUCGGGACCCAAACGGUCAUCUCUCUCUGUACCGUACUUUGGUAUGUGGUCAACUCCUACAACCCUACCUACAUGAUACCCAUCGCCCUAUCGUGAAAAUGUGAUAGCAUGAUUCCCAAAGCACCCAAUUUCGCACAUUAUGCACAAUUGCCCAUGUCUCCCCGGAUACCCAAUGCCAAGAUUAGAAUACAUCCUCAGGGGUGAAACCAUGCGGGGAAAUUCGUUGGAGGUGCGGAGGAGAUGCGCCACUUGAAAAGGGAAAGAGAUUACGAGAGGAUGACUGAAUAAUCCCAUUCAAUUGAACAUCAUUCUUUCCUUUCUCC